CGCGGAAGCUCAACAGCACGAGGAACCAAUACCCAAACUUCCAAAAUCCGAAGCUCCUCUUUCCUUCCCGCCCAAACCACCUCCUCUCCCCGCCGGCCGCCGCCGAUGGACGCCGCCGCCGCGAACCCCGCGAGCUCGUCGAUGGAGGCCGUAGCCGGUGCCUUCCGGUCCCGCGUCAACGAGCUCCAGGACCUCGUCCUUGCCCGCAACAUGUACCCGGCGACGGCGGUGACCGACCUCGCCGCCGUGGACUCUUCGGUGAAGGCCAUGGAGGUGCAGGUGCAGGACAUCCGCCGCCGCCUGCAGGAGGAGCUCGACGCCAUCCCCAAGGCCAAGAAACUAGUGGAGAAGUCCUUGAAGCAACAGAAGAAGUUGCAGCACAUGCUUGCAAACAUGCCAUCUGGGAUGCAUGAGGAUGUCUUUGCCACUUCUCUGGAACAGAGCUCAUCAAAGAUGUUGCCUGAGUGCUUUAAUUUCAACUCAACUGUUCCAGAAUUAGUCUACUCCGAUUUUAAGAUUAAGGACGAACCAGUUGCAGCUCCCAAAAAGGGGAAAGGGUCAGCACCUCGUUGGUACAUAUCCACCGAAGAGCUUGAUUCAUUGUCAUCAUACAUGAAGGGGAGGCUAACACUGGAGAAGGUUAAUAUUGCAAUAAAUGAGGUUGCUACAUAUGCAGAUGCCGAUGCUCAUCUUGUCGCGUGUCCUAAGAAAAAGUUAUCUGAAGACACAUGGGAGAGGGCUUUGGAACUAAGGGACAUAGCUGGCACUGAGGCAGUAAAGGGGAAGCAUUUCUUUCUGGAAGCUGAUAUAAAGGGGCCUGGGCUAAAACUUGAUCACACAGGCAAAGCUAUCCUUACCGUCCUUCGCCAUCUUGGUCGCAUCCAUGAGACUCGUAUUGGGCAUCACCGGGUCUUCAUACUGUCAAAACAAUGCUGAAUCAAGCGGGGUGCUAUGAUCAUGAAGAGUAUGUCGCCAGAGCCACACAUUCCUGCAGCCUGUUUGCUACGAUGUAGUUUGCAAUCAUAGUAGAUGAAUGUAACUUCCAAUGCAUAGUCUUGUGUUGGUCAUUGCAUGUCUCCACUACCCAGUAAGACUUGUGCAGUUCGUUUUUUCUCCGUAGUGCAAAACGAGCUUUGCAUGUUUCGCUGAUGAUGUCACCGAGUCUCCCUGCUUACUAGUGAUAAUUAUUGAAAAGUCAGAAUUUUCAUGCUAUAUGCAUCA